AUGGUCUCGAGAAGCCUGGAACUACAUCCAUGUAUAGUCGACGAGCUCCUUGCCCUUCAAUCCGCAGAGAUUACCCGAUUGCGCACGGAACUCGAAAAUGAGCAGACUGACUCGAGGAUGGGGAAGGCGCAACAUGAAAAGGCAAAGCGGCGAUUCGUCACAGCUGACGACCUGGGUCAACUACGAGAAGAGUUGUAUACCCACGCCUCAUCCACGCGCACAAAUGUCAAGACUCGCGAGGAACAACUGCAGGAUUUAGUGAGAAAGCUAGAGGUUGACCUCGAAGAAGCACGGAUUGUUCUCUCGCAAUCUGAGAAACGAGAAGCGGAGCUAUUGAAAGACUUUGAGGAUGUCGUCAGCCAUCGGGAAGUCGAAGCCGCAGAUGCGAUGCAUCCAAAGGAAUGCAGUGCUGACCUUCAAAGGCAACUGGCUCACAAGAGUCAGGAAAUUGAAAUGAGCCUUCUUCGUAUGGAAGAAUUGGAAGAGUCUCUCUCGAGGGCUAAGGCAUAUUCCAUCUUGCAGAAUGAGCUGAAUGAGAAAUUACAUGAUCAGACUCUAGAUAAAGAACAGAUGGAGGAAAUGCGAAAAGAGCUCAAGAGUAUCUCUGCUGAGAAACAUGCGCUCGACGAAGAAUUGCAAUCUAAGGUGUGGGCUUAUACGGAAAAUAUAAGAGAUUUGCAGAGUGUGAUACGCUCGCAAGAUUCGGAGCUGUGCACUUUGUAUGCUCGACUUAAAAUUGAAGGAUCACAGAGCUGCGAAAGCGUGUUCGAGUCGCGAGUUGUUGCACAAGCGAGCGAUCCAUUGCGGGCGGCGCCACCCGGAGCGAGCAUUCAGCAAAUAUUUGGGCCAUUCGCACGUCAGGCAUCAAGUUUUGAGAAAAUCAAGCAGUCAUCCUCACGGCUAUCGCGGCAAUGUAGGACUCCCAACAUUAUCCAAGUGACAAGCGAGCUCGAAUGGAAUGAUUGUCCAAGAGUGGGAUUUUACAUUAAGCCAGAGAAGAAACGCAGCAAGAAGAAGUGGUCGAGUGCAAAAGCCUUGAAAAAUACUCCACAGGGCAAGAUCGAGCUUAUUGCGAACCCAUUUUUUUUUCAGAGUCGGUUCUGUUACCUCGGGACGUACACCGUAUCCGCGCCCCAGAAAAUGUCGCCGAGCGAGUUCCAGAGCCUGUCAACGCGGAUCAAGGACCGCCUGUUCGCUGCGACUGGGAAGGCGAAACAUGUGACAGAGAUCCGCCAGAUGUAUAACAAUGGGAACGCGGCAGCGUUGCUGUUCAAGGUCACUCGCAUCUCCGAUGCUACUGUCCAGAGCCUGCUGACUCUCCAGAGCGCGGAGAUCGCACGUCUCCACCACAAACUCGCGGAUACAGAGUCUCAAUUCGACCAAACGAUUACCUAUAGACCAUCGCAAGACAGCGAUGGUUCGGACGUGAGAGUACUGCGAGAGCAGCUGUGCGACUUGGUGGACAAGAUAAAACCUAUCCAAAUGAUUCAUAGCGUGUCAGAGGAAUUAGAAGCUGCGAAUAAAUCCAAUCUAGAGCUGCAGAUGAGCUUCGAAGAACUGAAAAAUGAUUUUGUUACACUCCGUACUGAGAAGGACGAAAUUUCUGGUAUGCUUCAGUCCGAGAAGGAGAGCAAAGCUGCAUUAGAGGAGGAUCUCGCUCAACUGCGGAUGCGAGAAGCGAACCUCAGGGCCGAAUGGGCGAUGUCAGAGAACGAUGUGAAGGAGGAGAUAUUCUCGCUACUCAAUGAGCUUGAUGACCAGCAUGUGGUGACAGACGACCUGCGACAACAAUUUUGUGAAACAACUACUGAGAAGAAUGUGAAAGGAUUUCAACUUCACGAACAACUGGAGCUGUAUCGAAAGGCUCAGAUGCAGAAAACAAUAGUACAUGUGCAAGAGCUCGACGCUGUUCGUGCUGAGCUUGCGACAUGCCGAGCAGAAUUAGAGGCAGUGAAACAGGCAGAAGUCCGUAGUACACUGGAAGUCCCGGCAAACGAUCCGUUGCGAACAGCCGCUAUCGAUCAUCCUGUCCCUGUCAUGACAUCGCUAACCUGGUCAGAAAAUCUGGACAAAAUCAAGACGAUGUUUGUCCCUAUCACCAGUACAGCCAGCCUUGAGACAUUUACCAAGUUUCUGUGA